ACCCUAAGGCGUCGGAUACCUUGCAGGCAGUCAACGUGCUUACCAUGUUUAGGUUAUAAAUCUUGACAAAUUCGUGGUUCGGAUAAACGUGUGUCAAGCUUAUUUUUCAACAUUUCUAUACAAAUCCGGACUACAAUGACAGUGAACAAGCAAAUGACUAACGGAUAUAAAGUGUUUUGGAUUCGAUACGGGGAGCCAAAUUCAGAACGGCAUCAAAUAUUCGUAAAGGAGCACUCUUUGAGGAAACAGGAGCCCCAAUACCCGAAGGGACGUACACUGUUCAUACUAAAUAUUCCACCUUACAUCGGCGCUGAUAGUAUUAAGAAUGCAUUUGCAGAGACAUGCGGCCCUGUCAUAUCUGUGACAUUUGCAGCAAGACAUGAAGAAUCUCAAAACGGAUUCAAAGUCUGCUACAUUGUCUUUGAGAAAGAAACUGGAUUAGACAAAGCUUUAUUAUUGCCUGAAAAUUAUGUCCUACUGUUGAACUCUACAGAAGAUUCUAUCACCGGUAUGAUAAAAUGGUGCAAACAGUAUAACAACUCUGUAUGUGAUGAGGAAAAGACUCAAGAGGAAAUUCAGGAAUACAUGCGUGGCUACGACCAGCGUGUUGCUCAUAGAUUAAUGGAAGAGAGCGCAAAAGCAGAGAACAGAGGUGAUCCAGAUGGGUGGACUGUUGUUACUGGCACAAAAAAGCGAGGCCAACGUGCAUUGAUACGAAAAGAAUCAGCCAUUGGAAAGGUUCGACAAAAACAGGCCAAGAGUAAUGAAAAGAAGCAGUUGCUCAACUUUUAUACCUUCCAAAUUCGUGAAUCGAAAAAACAAAAUUUAGCGGAGCUACGCAAGAAAUUUGAGCAGGAUAAAGAGAAAUUGCAACAGCUCAAAAUUAAGAGAACUUUUAAACCGUUUUAAGUGGAUUUUUGGCAAUCAGUGCUGUACAAAUUGUGAAUAAAUUUAUGCUACAAUAAAAACGA